AUGGAGGGCAUUCAAAACAUUGCCGUCAAAAGAGAAAAGGACUCGAAACUUCUAGGGGAAUCUAAACUCGAUGAGAGUUUGUACCUUCUGAAGGAGGACGAGGCCGCGUUCUUCAAGUCGCAGACGGGAAUACAGGAUGAUGAGGCCUUGAAGCAGCACAUCAUUAGUGUGCAGACUGAAGCAUAUAAAAUCUAUCCGUAUCCCUGUAUCCGGGUGUUUGCAUUCACUUCUCUGACGAUUUCAAGGCUACCCGGGUAUAGCCAGCUUUUGAAGUUAGGAAAGGAGCGAGAGGGCGCUAUUUUCCUUGAUAUUGGCUGCUGCUUUGGAAACGACAUACACAAAGCUGUCGCGGAUGGCUUCCCCGCCCACAACGCAAUCGGGUCAGACCUCCAAGCCGAAUUCUGGGACCUCGGCCACAAGCUGUUCAACUCAACGCCCACAUCCUUCCCGGCGCAUUUCAUCCCAGGGGACGCUCUUGACACAAAGUUCGUCUCUGCAGACCCGCCCCUGACAACACCGCCAUCUGAGCCUGCGCCCGAACUUGGAUCGCUCACAACAUUGACCCCGUUGCGCGGGCAUGUCUCCGCAAUCCACGCAUCGUCAUUCUUCCAUCUAUUCGACGAGGCACAGCAAGCGUAUCUCGCACGCGUGAUGGCUGGAUUGCUCUCCCCUCUCCCUGGCUCUAUCAUCUUUGGCACGCACAGUGGGUGUCUGAAAAAGGGCCGACAAGGUGAUCAGGGCAAACCCGACGUACCCUGGGCGGACAUAUUCGGCCAUUCCGUAGAAAGCUGGAUUGAGCUGUGGGAUGGCGAGGUCUUUCCAAAGGGCACGGUCCAAGUAGAUGCAAAGCUUGUGGAUAUAACAGCUGAGAAUGGCAUACGUUUACAGUUCCUUCAGUGGUCAGUGACGAGGUUGUAG